CACACGUUCAAGGUUAUGCCUCAGACAUUUUCAUAUAACUUCAAGUUUCAGAGUUUGAAACUUCAGUAUUUCUACCUAAUGUACCAAGAAAUCGCCUAAGAUAUCUCCAGUGGGCACUUUAAAAGGCCUAAAUUUCGUCUUAUCUGCUCAAUCAUGGGUCAAAAAUGUUGGAUAUUGGAUAAAGGUAGUGUUCUCUAUUUGAAUUUGAGCGUAGCUGAUGGCCGAUGGCAUCUCGUAAACCAAAUGCGAGUGCUGUUAAAGCACUUCAAAAGGAACUUAAAGAUUUGAAUGAGUUCCCAAUGGAGGGGUUCAAAGUUAUGGUUUCUGAAGAAGAAAAUCUUUUUGUUUGGGACGUCGCUAUAUUUGGACCACCAAUGACUUUGUAUGAAGGAGGUUAUUUCAAGGCACGAUUAUGUUUCCCUGACGAUUAUCCAUAUAGUCCUCCUACAAUGCAUUUUCUUAGCAGGAUGUAUCACCCAAACAUAUAUGAGAAUGGUGAAGUCUGCAUAUCAAUUUUGCAUUCCCCAGGUGAUGACCCACAGAGCGGUGAGCUGCCGUCUGAGAGGUGGAAUCCGACACAAAACGUCAGGACGAUUCUUCUGAGUGUCAUUUCUUUAUUGAAUGAGCCAAACAUCCAUUCAGCUGCUCAUGUCGAUGCAUCAGUGGCUUAUAGGAAAUGGAAAGAGUCCAAUGGAGUUCAGGAUGAGUAUGAACGUGUAGUUACAUCACUCGUUAAAGCGACUCACGAGGAGGCUAAACAAGAUGGAGUUACUGUUCCCACCACCCUUGAGGAAUACUGUGUUAGUGGUAGACCUGCGUCUAAAACAUUUUAUCAAUGUGAUGAUGUAGAUGGACUGUCUGAUUAUGAUGAUCAUGACGAAUACUAUGGCUCUGAUGAUGAUGACAAUGAUAAUGUAUCAAUUGAUAUGAAGGAAGAUGAAGAAAUCAACCCUACCAAGGAGUCUCAAUCCUCUACAAAGAUAGAUUCUGGAGUAGAAGAACCGUGUGUAAGUAAAACGGGGAAGUCUGGGGAAUCCUCGAAAGUUGUCGAUCAUAGAAUAUCAAAUGAAUGUAGCCGUGUUACGUCACCAAGCUAGUUUAUUCGUUUCGUCUUCGAGUGUGGGAGUCUUACUGGUCACUUUAUACUUUUUCUUGACUGAAGCAGCAAGGAUUAUUAAAGUAAUCCCUAUGGUUUAUAAAUGUUGUGUUCGUAGAAUUACUUAUUCAGAUUCACAUUUUGGGUGACUUAUAGUGUUUUGCAUUCAAUGGUCUAUAUUCUAUCGAAUGUAAAGGAUUUUGGUUAGUUUUGUAAAUCAAAGUUAUUUUGCUAUUUUGGACACUAUGUACAUGACAUCGACUACUAUCACUACUGUUUUCGCUUAUCUUUACUAGUUUGUAACAGUCAGACAUAUACACAAAUACAAUUCUUGUACAUUUUUUUACUUGUAUUGGGCUUCCAUUUUUCAUUGAUCUUUGUCUUUAAGUUUAUCACUACUUAGAGAAAAGCGUGAACUAAGCCUAUGCACAAAAUUUAUCAUAUUGUUUGCAUGGUCACAUUUAGUAUUGUUCGCGACUUUUUAUACUUUUCUCACGUUACUGUUCAAAUUGCACAAAAAUUGAGGACUUCAAUUAUCUCCUUAGCUUGUAUAUUUGAGAUCUUUUCAGCUGUUUGGCAUUUUACUUAUCGGUUGAUGUUGAAUGACAUGGGUUUCGCCAAGGGAAUCGGUUUGUGUCUAUUUUUGUAUGUUCCGUCAUGUUUUAAGUAUGGUAAGGAUUUUUAUCGCAGUAGGACAAUUUGGUAGUAUCUGAUUACAGAAUGAAACCAUUCGCCUCAGGUAGCACAAAACCACCUAAAUAUUUUAAACGUAACAGUGUAUCAGGCGCAAAGUUAAUCACAUCGAAAGUCAUAAUGUUGGAUUGUGUGACGUUAUUUCCCGUAAUCAGUUGAAAGAUGCAUCUAAGAGGCCUUAAGAUAUUUCAUCUUAAAUACAGUUGAUAAACGAGAAUCGGCUUGUAGGACAGGUUUAUCUAAUCAUUAUAUCUUUUCUAAGUAGAGUAUUCGUAUCAUUCUUUGAAAACAGAUGGAUAUGGAUAACUGUUUCUCAGGUUUCACAAUCCCAGAUCUGUAUUCAGUUGAAUACU